AUGCGUUUCUUCUGCCUGUUCCUCGCUCUGUCGACCCUCGCGGUCUCGGUAAGUUUCAUCGAAAAAAAGAGACAGUUCGCAAGGAUGAUCAUCUGCUUGCACAAGAGAAGCAAACUACAAACAAAUACACGUUUCAGGGCAACGUCCUUCGUGAGAAACGUCAGUGUGGCUGCGCUCAAGCCACCCAGCCGUCGUGUUCGUGUUCCCCCAGCGUGCAGCAGCCUCAGCAGAUGUCGUGCUCCUGCCAGCAACAAGCCGCUCCUUCCUGCGCCUGCGCUCAGCCCACGACUCCAGCUCCUGUGGUCAUGCAGGUCCAAGCCAGCCAGUGUGCUCCAGCUUGUCAGCAAAGCUGCCAGCAGAGCUGUCAGCAGUCUCCAUCUCAGACUCAAUGCCAGCCUCAGUGCCAACAGCAGUGCAGCAACCAGUGCCAGCAGCAGCAGCAGCAGCCGCAAGAGCCUCAGGUCGUCCAGCUCCAGUUCCAAGUCAACGCCGUCGCUCAACAAGACACCGACUGCCAGCCACAAUGCCAGCAGCAGUGCCAACAGUCUUGUGUUCAGCAGCAACAGCCCGUAGCCCAGUGCUCUCAGCAAUGCGACAACCAGUGCCAGUCGGCCUGCUCCAACUCCCAGCCAGCCUACAAUCCUCAGCCUCAGCAACAGCAGCCCUCGUGCCAGCAGCAAUGCGCGCCUCAGUGCCAGCCAUCUGCUCCAGCUCAACAAUGCCAGCAGUGCCAGGCUUCUUGCGCUCCAGCUGAAACCACCCAGGCUCCACAGGUCAUCAACAUCGUCCUCCAGGCUAGCGUGGCCGAGUCGGCUCAGUGUGAGCCUCAAUGUGAACAGUCCUGCCAACAGCAGUGCGUCGCUCAGCAGCAGCCAGUCGCUCAGUGCACUCCAGCCUGUACCAACAGCUGCGCCCAGUCGUGCGCUGCUGCUCAACCUCCUCAGGUCGCCUGCCAGCAGACUCCGUCCAGCCAGUGCUCCUGCCAGCAGAACUACUCUCCCUGUGGAAAUGGACAGUGCUGUCGCCGCCGCAAGUGAUCGAUACGACUCGACGAACAGUUUUCUGUACAUCUGAAUUCAUCCUAAUAAAGUUCUUACCAUCUUAUUAUUCUACACAAGAGCUCAUUUGCAGAGAGAGAAAAAAAGGCUGAAUAUAACCUUAAUUUGAGAACUUUUCACCUUUCUGAAAGCUUUCUCAAUUUUUUGUAUUCAAAAUUAAAAGUUGUUCAGAAAAUACGUUGAAAAACUUCUAAAGCUUUUUUUGAAAAAAUAGAUGCAAUUAAAAACCAGCACAAAAUUAUCAGAUCAUAUUUUCAGCUCUGUAGAAGAGGAAACCAAAGUUCGAGUUAUUUUUUUGAACAUUUUUGAAGAGUUGAGCUUUUUUUUCUAUUUCGAAUUUGUAAAGAGACUCAGAAUUGCUGAAAUCGAGAAUGGACAACAGGUGCGCCAGCGUCAACAGUUCAAUAGCCACUAA